CACCGACACACUUCCGAUCGCGCUCUCGUUCGUACGCGUUAUCGUUCUUGUGUCACCGCUCUGCAAUGGACUCUUCCUGCUAGAUCACGCGCCGAGCACCGUUCUGCUGUGUCAUCGCAAGUCAUCGCACCAGCAUUUUAGACGACGAGCUUGCCUCAAACCAACGUCUUGCGCUUCAUCGCCUCUGCCCCACCAUGGCUGAUACUUAUCGCCCGAGCGCGCGUGGCGGCAGCUCAUAUAAACCACGUUCCCCUAGAGCCCGCGACCGCGGCCCCCCUCGAGACGAUCGCCCCCGCCAGGACUCGUCCAUGUACCGCUUUGGAGAUUCCAACCCGCACAGGCCGGACGACGCCUAUAGCUACAGGCCUAGCGAGGGCUCGCGCGAUUCCUACUAUCCUCCUCGCGACAAUUCCUAUGGUGGUGGUUCUCGUCGCGACCAGCGUGAUGACUUCACCUUCCGUUCUGGCCAAGCUCCGGCUCACAGCUACCCCAUCGACAACGAUACUGAGAGACCUCAGCGACGACGCAAAAACUUUAACCGCGUGAACCCUAAUUGGAAAGGCCACGGUGGAAAAUACAACGUGGCUCCGCAUGAACGAGCGCUGUUCCAGCCUCGAGGAAGCACACCUGAACAGAUGCUCGGCAUGAAUGAAGGACCCACCAAGUUCCUCACUGUAGGAAGCUUUUCUGCGAGCGAAGAUGAGGAGCAGGAGGGCAGUGCCCAGUCAGCCUCCGAAGAGGGCGAUGGUCCCACCCACAAGCGGAGCCGGACGGCUGCCAAAGAGCAGGACGACGGCAGCUCUAUGCCCAAGUGGUCUAACCCCGACCCUUACACGGUUGUGCCAGGUGAAGAUGUGACCAAGAGGAAGAGGAAAGACAUCGUUCAGUUGAUUCGAAAGUCCAAGAUCUCUGCAGCCGAAGCAGCUGCACAAACUAACGCCGUUGCUGAUAACGAUGACUUCAUUUCGCUAGAUGAUGCCGAGCCAGCUUCUCAGGUCAUCCCAACAGGGCCCUCUAGCUUCAGCCACCGCAAUCACUUUCUCUCGGUUUACCCUUCGAAUGCCCCAGGAUCUGCUGUCGAGCCGAUCAAUGCUCGAUCUUUAGGCCCACCACCCUCGUUGCCGAAGCUCAGCACUUCUCAUCAUGAGCAGCCCACUCUGUCGAACACUGAAACAGGAUUUCAGCACCAAGAGCUUCAGAGAAUACAGGGCCCGCGUUACGUACCUGCGCAAGAGCAGAGGCCUACCAAGCGCAAGUAUGACCAUCACAGAUUUGGGGAUAUCACUUCAGAGUGGCAACCCACCGCACCACACGGAACGACCGCUCCUUGGACUGUCAUGGAUCACUCCCGCACAGAAGAUAUGGGUCAUUGGCUCUCGAAAGAAAUUCAUGAUUUCCACCAGUUCGUCAAACCUCAUGAUUUUGAGAGAACGAUUCGCAAUGAUCUCUACCAGCGCGUCCAAGCAUGCCUCGUGAUAUCGAGGCAUCUGCCAAAAGGAACCUUGCAUUGCUUUGGGUCCUACGCUGCAGGACUCUACCUCCCUACUGCUGAUAUGGAUCUUGUGUAUAUCUCGGACGUCCAUCUGGAAGGCGGACCACCCAUGAUCAACGCAAAAGCCGGCAAGCUCCUUUCCAAAAUUAGGAAUGAGUUGAUAGAUGCAGGGCUAGCGAAUAACUGCGAAGUCAUUCCAAAAGCCAAAGUCCCUAUCAUCAAAUUCGUCGACCGAGAGACCGGCAUCAAGGUCGACAUCUCAUUUGAAAAGGUUGACGGCCUCACGACUCAAGAUUGUUUCGAGCAAUGGAAGAGGGAAUUUCCGAUCAUGCCUGCUCUCGUUACACUCGUCAAGCAAUUCCUCGUCAUGCGUGGCUUGAGCGAGGUGCGAGAUGGCAAUCUUGGCGGAUUUUCCGUUAUCUGUCUGGUUGUACACAUGCUCUACCUCGUUCCAGGCAUACAAAGCGAGAACAUGGUCCCGGAAGAACACCUGGGUCAGCUCUUUAUGGAGUUCCUAGAGUUGUAUGGAAAGAAGUUCAACCUCGCAACCACAAUCAUAUCAAUGAAUCCGCCCAUAUAUCUGAAGAAGGGUCUGUACAACGUUGACGGAAGACUAUCAAAGCCCGAUAACCUGACGAUCAUUGAUCCUAAUCAGCCCACGAACAACAUUUCUGGAGGAUCUAAUAAUGUCAAAGUGAUCUUCGGUCUGUUUGCCCAGGCUCACGAUAAAUUGCAAAAGCGCAUGGCAGAGUUGCAAAGCGAGCGUUCUAGAUUUGGAAGUAUUCUGGAGGUCGUUUUCGAAGGCAACUACAACAUUUACCUGGAUCAGCGUGCUCAUUUGAAGUCGAUUCACGAGGCGUAUUUCACUGGAGGAUCUUCAAAACAAGGACACCAGCUCCAAGGACACCAGCUUCAAGGACACCAGAAUCAAGGACAGCAAAACUCAGGACACCAAACUCAAGGAAACCAGAGCAAGGGAAACCGUAAUCAGGGACAUUCGACCAAGAAAGGUGCUAGUCGCGGACGUCCAGGUCCACCACGCGGUCGCAAUCGCUGAUCCGCUCCCAAUGCCCGAGAUUGUAUACUUAUGACGAGGAGACGAGGUGAGUGCGGUCCUCUGUGUCAGGUGGAGUUGAGCAGACGAUAUGCUACAUGACCAUGUCUUCUAGGAUGGCGUUUGUGCUAUUAUCGACCCACUAGUGGUCA